CAGGUCACAGGUGUUUAGGUGUCAUCUGUAAAUUAUUGUAAAUUGUAAUUUGUAAUAGUAAUGUUUUGGAGAUGGAGAAUUUAAAAUUAAUUUAUUUGAAUAAAGACAAAUAAUAAAAUAAUCUGUGAAUGUCUGAAAAAUAGAAAUUGUUCACGAAAAGACGUCAUGUUAAGGGGCCAUUGCUAUUACAAAUGUUUACAUUUCAUUUUAUGUGCAUAAUAAUCAUUAGUUACAUUAAUACUAAUAUUCAAUAAGUACCUACAGCAGUACAUAUAUCUCGAUGACCUACAUCUACUUUUUAACCAUCAUAGAAAAAUCCAUUUGAAUUUUGUAUAAGUCAAGAAUACAAUAUCUUUUACUCCAAUUAGAAUAUUGAUUAAAGAAAUAAAGAAGUAUGAGCGAAAUUAACCUCAUAGAGUUACCUCCAGAAAUUUUAGUCAACAUAUUUAGAAGACUUAAAAUAACUGAUCUUCGGAAUUUAAUGUUAUCAUGUAAAUAUUUACGGGAGUAUAUAGAAAAUGAAGGCAGUUUAUGGAAAUUCGUAUGUCGAGGAAGACUUAUCAUGUCAACAAAUGAAAAAAGAUUUCCUAUAACUUGGUAUAAUAGAAGUCGGAUAUCAUAUAACUGGUGUAAAGGAAUUUUUAAAUCAAAGUUAAUAGUGCAACAUUCAAUAAAUUAUAUACCUUGGAUGCAACUAUUUUCCGAUGUGUUAAUUUUGUCCAUUGGGUCUGAACUUAAAUGCUUUGCCAUUGAUAAAACUGGUUUUAACCGUGGGCUAUUAUGGAGUAUUCAUGUUCCUAUUAUGCAGAGAUAUGAUGUGCGUACUAAUGAUGUGUCGAGAUUCAUUUUAAGAGAAAAUUUAAUUGUUUGUGGCAAUAGGGAUGGUAGCACAGUUGUUUAUCAAUUUAAUGAUAUUCGAAAAAAGCCUAGGUUGUUGCAUUAUAUUGAGAAUUGUCAUGAAAAUGGCCAAGUUGAGGUAACAGCAGUAGAACUAUUCAAUAACUCUGUAAUAACAUGUUCAAAUAUAAGUCAAAAUGUAUGUUUAUGGUCAAUGGAUGAAGACAUUUCUAAUGAAAGAUUUGUUAACAAUACAAAUAGUAUCAGCAUGAGCAAGUUCAUUAUUCCAGAAUGUGUCGGCAGUAGAUCCCUUGCUGUUGAUCCAACAAAAUCUAAAUUGGCUAUUGGUCCCAAUGGAAACAGUAAGCCUAUUUUGCUAGAUAUCAAUACAGGGAACUAUCUACUGACGUCGAAAGAAACAAAGGAUUUAAGGCAUGUCAUCAGGGAUAUACAAUGGCACAAUGAAAAUGGACUUAUCUAUGUGUCUCAUUCAGGGAAGCUGCAAUAUAUUGAUAUCAGGACAAAUAAUGUGGUUUACGACGCCCGAGACCCUUUCCAAUCAUCACUAUAUUGUGUUAAAUCAGAUGGAGAUAGAGCCCUUAUUGUUGGAUCAUCGGAGUAUUCACGAUGCGUAUUAUUUGAUUUACAUUCUUCACAUCAUGUACAGAUGUACUUUACACAAAAGAAGUCGUCCCCUAUUUAUAGCUUAGAUUUUGAUGCAAGAAAAUUGGUAGCAGCUGCAGAUCGAUGCGUCGCUGUUGCGAAUUUCAACGUCAACGCAAGCACUACAAAAAAGAAAGAUUAUUCUCAUAUAUUCGAAUUUGUUACAUAACUUAGGAAAUACAUCUGAACAAUAAAUAUUAUUUAUUAA